AUGUAUGUAUUUGCACCUCCUAUUAACCCGCUACUCCUACUCCAGGAUCCUCUCCAAGUACGCCGGCGAGGACGCCCCCGAGGCGCUAGGAACUUCAUCGGCGGCGGAGCAAGCACCCAAGGAAGCACCCAAGCAAGCACCCAAGACACCUCCACCCAGCGAGACCCCUCCGGCUUCGAGCUCAUGCUAUCUCAGGAAGGCGGACGGGGCCGUGGACGGGGCCGUGGACGCGGCAGAGGACGUGGAGGGACACAACAGGCAUCGCAAGAGGUGGGAAUAGCUUCAUCUAUGGCCCAAGAAGCUCAACAAGCUUCUCAGGAAGGUGGCCGUGGC